AACGCACUAGAAAUUAUGGUUAGCCGAAUCAUCCAGUAUGCACCUUAUCCUCAGUCACAUCCUUCCGUUUCCAAAGGCAUUUAUUGUCAACUUAGUCUGUCCUCAGAAAACCUUUUUAGCAACCGGUUUCGUAUGUGGGACAUGUGUAGAAUGGAGUUGGGCAGAAUGCCGUCCAUUUGCCUUGUAGGACCAAGAAUGAGAAAAUUGCGAAGUAAAAGCAAUGGUACAGUCAGCGAGAAACGACCACGCACCUCCUUCACAGUCUCACAGGUCAGCAGACUGGUGGCUGAAUUCGACAAAGAUAGAUACUUAAACGAAUCGCGGCGCAGACAUUUGGCUCGAGAGCUUAACUUAGAAGAGUCACAAGUCAAAAUAUGGUUUCAGAACAAACGCGCAAAAACAAAAAAAGUGAGCAUCUGGUGCUUGCAACUCCCUUGCAUUUUACCUCAUGGCGGAGGGACUUUACAACCACUCAGUACGAGUCGAAAAAUCGGUGCCAGAGCACUGAGAGAUGAAGUGGAUGGGCAAAACAUUUCGUUUCGUCAUGCUGUUUCAGUUGACAUUGUCCUUGUCCAAAUAAAUCACAGGCAUAACUACUCGUUUUAA